AAAAAAGAAGAAGAUAUGGUCCGCAGAACCAUUCAAGAUCUCAGCAAUCUUGAAAGAUUGAAGGACUAUGCUAGGCAGAUUAACUGGGACGCUUCUUGCCCUUUUGGUCACAUAACUGAAGCGGCAAUCGAGCGUGCUCGCGGUAUCCUUAAGCAAUGUGAGCUGACUGUUAAAGAACUUGAAACAACGCUUGCAAAGGAAACCCACACUGACGCUGAUGUGCUUAGGAUCUUCGAAAAGAGUGUGAGUUUAAGCAUCACUUCAGUUUCACCAUUUUUGCCAUUUUCACUCGUCAGUUAA